AUUCCCCCCUGAAAAAAGACUCCAGUUUCGGCCAAAAAACAAAACCACGGUGAGCUCCAAGAAAUUCUUUCAUUCCGUUGUUUGUCAUCGUCGGGUCAAGUUGCCACCGCAUGCAUAUACUCCGAUCUGAUCUGUAUUAUUUCGGUUUAAAAAAGAGAAAACUUGUUUCGGUGGCGCAAAGAUGUUGCUGGUGAUUCCGGGGCUUUGUGGAAUGAGGAAAAAUGUAUCGAUCUCUCGUUGUCUCGAAUGUGUUAAAAUCAAUUAGCAUACUGUGGUUGCUGCUGGUGCUGCAGCUUCUGCCACUUUGUGGAUCUUUUUUCAAUGAAUCGUCUGUUUUCGGCCCGGAGAAGCUGCAGGCCUUCAAAGUCUUCGACGACGAACAACCGGACCAGAUCUCUGGUCGCAGUUUCAUAUGUGUUCCCUUGUUUCGGAUCUUCAACCUGGAGCUGAGGCAUCAAAUUCGGCUGGCGCCGGAUGAGUAUGUGGCUGUCAGUGGCGAUCAUCCGGCUCUGGGCUCCUGGCAUCUGGACAAGGCGGUGCCCCUCAAGGAGCAGGACAAAGAUCGCACGAAAUGGUAUCUUCGGAUCUGGAUAUGUGCCACCCAGCGUUUCUACUACCGGUACUUGAUCUAUUCCAGAAACGCUCAGGGAAAGCGUAUCCUGCGCAGAUGGGAGGGCCAGAAAGUGGCCAGGAUGCUGCAGGCCUACGAGAUGUAUCGGUCUCCCGGGCUGGACAUCUUUGGAGAAGCCUAUCCCACUUCAGUGGGUGGAGGUUUUAGCCUGGAGAGAGGCUGGCUUCAGUACGAGUAUGUCAUCGAGUUGAAGUUCAUCUGGCAGGAUCACUUUUUAAUAUCCGGUCUAUCCAGUAAAACGAAGUUCCGACUGAUCCUAACGCCCCUGAAUUUAAUGGAUGAUACUCGAAUAGAGGUUUCUAGAUAUUCGUACAACCACUCAGCGUUCCGUCCCCAGAGUAAACAAGGAGUUAGAUACACCCAAGGAUCUAUUGUAGUUUUUCGAAUAUAUCAACCUUUGGAAACCUACAAUGCUUUCCGGCUCUCCAUUUACCAAGGAUCCAAGGACUUUAGGCUAAGUGUGGGAGAAGCCUACAUGUUCCCCGAACAAUUUAAAGGAAGUCGGGGCAUUCUACAGAUCCCCAUUCUGGCCAGCCUGCAAACCAUUUCCAUUGGAGAGCUAACCCUGCCCUACUUGGUGGUGCACCCCAUGCCCAAGGUAGAGGCUGGAAACCUAAGAGCGAGUUUCCAUCAGUAUUGGCCGGAUAAUUGGCCCACGUUGGAUGUGGGCCACCGCGGCAUGGGUGCCAGUUACUUCCAAUCUUCAACUAGUCUCACAGAAAACACGAUCGAGAGUUUCUUGGCAGUGGAGAAAGCCAAAGGCGAUAUGGUACAAUUGGAUGUUCAACUGACCAAGGACUAUGUUCCAGUGAUUUGGCACGGCUUCGGAUUCUAUACCUCCGGCAAGGACCAACAGAUAAGAGAUCGUUUUGAUCUCAGGUAUGUCUUGAUAAGGGAGCUCAACUAUUCAGAGCUGAAAGCCAGUAGGGUUUUCAUACUGAAACGUUGGACGCUGCAGGAGUACACCCAUCUUAAUGUCAAAGAUCCAAGUCAGAACGGAAAAAUCUUCCCCAAACUCUCUGAGGUUUACGAGACUCUCCCAAAAACCUUGGGUCUCAUAGUGGAAAUUAAGUGGCCCCAACUAAUGGCCUCUGGAGUACUGGAGUCCAGCCAGACCCUAAAUAAAAACGUCUACGUGGACAAGAUCAUACAGACUACUAUCCAGUAUGGUUGUGGUCGUCCCCUGAUCUUCGCCAGCUUCGAUGCGGAUGUAUGUACCAUGUUGCGCCUCAAACAACACGUUUUUCCCGUAAUCCUGAUGAGCAUCGGCGAUUCCCGUAUCUGGGAUCCUUAUAUGGAUCUGAGAGCCCAAAGUUUCCAGGAGGCUGUAAACUUUGCUCAAUCGGCAGAAAUCUUGGGGUCUGCCAUGCACAUCGAGAACUUUCAAAGCAAACAUCAGCUGGUGAACCUCGGAUUGGAUCUCCAUCAGGCUGUAUUUUUGUGGGGCAACCAUUUGCAGGAUGAGCAACUUUUGGAGGAGUUUCGGGUCUUGGAUGUCACGGGCCUAAUAUACGAUCACAUGGAUAAAGUGGGGCCCGCCAGUUGGAAGCGAUCUGUCUUUUUCAGAGCCCCCCAGCUCUUGGAGUUAUUUGGAGGUCAGUGCGUGGUUAGCGGGAAUUCCACGAGUAUUCCGGGUGCGAAGCCAGUUAAACCUACUAUUUGGCCGAAGUUGAGAUAGUUGGUAAGAUGGUUACUAACUUUGUUAGUAAGUAUUUUAAAUAUUAAAUAAAAGAUAAAAUAUCUCGAGGCAUGUUGGUUAAGAGAUAGGCACAAAAACUACAAUAGAACCAGAACCAUUUUGAUUUUAUAUGUAAAUCUUUAAUUAAUAUUUAAAUUUUCAAAAGUGUAUUAAAGGUUCUUCAAAAUUCCAUGUUUUAUUUUACAUAUUUCAAAUUGUUAGAAAACCAAAAACAUCUAAUCUUUAUGUUUUGAUUGUAGAGUGUUAAACUCUAACCUCU